UCAGCUCAGAGACUGUGACAGUCGAGAUCGAGAACAAGAAAGAAGUGAGACAGAGAAGCACGAUGGAUGAAUUCAGAUGGAUUCAAAUGUUUUUAUGUCUGAUGAUUCAGAUUGCAGUAUCUGUAAAUGAAACAUCCAUGUUUAUGAAAGUUGGAGGUGACGUCACUCUGCUUUGUCUAAAUGUGAUAGAUGAGCAGAAUAACUGUGAUGGUACUACGUGGACGUUUGCUUCAAGAAACAAAGAAACAACAGUAGAGCUGAUCAGACUUGGACAGAUUGGUGAAGAAGCCAAAACUAAAUCAGACAGACUGAGUGUUACAGCGAACUGUUCUCUGCUUAUAAAGAAGCUCACAGUUGAGGAUGUUGGUUUUUAUUCCUGUCAACAAUACAAAGUCGAGGAAACACCAUCUAAACACACUCUGGUUCAUCUGUCUCAGGUUGAUCUCUCUGUUAUUACCUUGACUGAACAUAAGGACACUGAUAAGGUGAAGUUAAGCUGCUCUGUAGUGACAUAUGAACAGUGUCAUCACACAGUGAAGUGGCUGCUUAAAGGUCAAGCUGUGGACAAAGAGAACAAACAAAUAGUGACUUCACAGACUGACUGCUCCACCACUCUGUCUAUUCUGGAGCAUCAUUACUUUAACUCAUCACGUCAUAAAAUACUGAAGUGUGAAGUGACUGAUACUAAAACAGGAAAAGUGCAGCUGUUUACCUUCAGCCAUCAGACCUCAGGUGAGGAAACAGAUGAUACAUCAACAAAAAUCCCAACUAUGGAAAGUGAAAGCAUGACAGCAAACAACAAAUCAUCAGGAGAUUCACAACAUGGUAACUCAACCAUGUGUUAG